AUGGCUGCUGUUGAGCAGGAUCCUCUGUUUCUCCUGCGCCAGUCGAUCGCAUCCAAACGACCUGCAGUCCCAACAGCAUCCUCUGACGCCUCAGCACCAGAAGUUCCCCUUUCGAAAGCUACCCAUCUGCGCUUCUCCCAGCCAUCCACUGUAUCCGUCUCACUUGCAACACCGACGCGCUUCAUCUCCAGCGAUCGCCCUGUCGACCUACGAUCGAUCUACUUCGCCUGGCUGAAUAAGGAUGUCGCCAUUCCUGAGUACAAUGCCAGCGCGACCCGUCUCAACGAGGAGUUGGGCAACCUCGGUACUGUCCAAAACCUCGCCUUUGUUGAGCGUCUAGAUCUUUUCACCUGGUUAGAAGGCGCUAGUGAGGAGAGUGAACACAUCAAGCCCCUGGCCGGCGACAAGGAGGGUAAGGAGGGUGCUGGCGCGAGCACUUCCAAAGCCGCUCCGGCCGCCGCAUCCAACAGAGCAGGACGCGGGACCCUUGAUCCUAGACUGGCCGUCAUUUACAACGGAGAGCGCAAGAUGGGCGACCGCAACUCCGUGCUGCGUGGUGUCAAGCCUACAGACUUCUCCCAUGUCCGCAAGCUUGCCGUUCCCUUCAUGCAGAAGAAGCCCCACGGCUCCACAAACAUCAGUACCAACCCAUCCCUUGCCAUCAAUCAGAAGCCCCCUUCGCGUCGGCCGGACCCUAUUAUCUUGCUGUCGCCUUCUGCUUCGUCCCUGCUGCGCCUCUCCAACAUUCGCUCCUUCCUUGAGCAGGGCCGCUACGUGACUCCCGAUGGCGGUGCCGCAGCGUCGAGCAUGCUCCAUGUCUCACGCGUCAUGAAGGAAAUAGACCCUUCGCGUCCUAUGCGCUUCAUUCUUGUCGAAGGGCCUGAGCAGUUCAAGCCCGAAUACUGGAACCGUGUUGUCGCAGUCUUCACCACGGGCCAAGCAUGGCAGUUCAAGAACUAUAAGUGGAGCAACCCGCAGGAGCUGUUCCGCCGCAUUCAGGGCAUCUUUGUUGGCUGGCGAGGUGAGCAGCCGCCCGACAGCAUCCGCGAGUGGGGACACCGAGUAAUGCAUCUCGGCGUUGACCGCUGGCGUGAUGGCACAGGCGCCAGCGAGGCGGCUAGGUUCAGGGACAAGGAGGCGGCAGAGCAGGUUUGGAAGACUAUCGAGGCUGGAAUGAGGGCCAAGGGAUGGACGAAAAGCACUGCACCAACUCAGCUGUAG